UCUGAUAGUAGAAAUGGGAAACUGCACAACUGAAAACUCCACAGCAGUUCCCUUUCGUCAUUUUGGCUCAGGUGGUCCUAUUGUCCAUUACAGGGAAUAAGGGAAUUCGAGCGCACUGCUUGAGCCAUUAUGGCGUCGAAUAUGCUAGCUUCAUAACCUUGGGAGGGAGGAGUCUGGCGUUUCUGGAAGCAGAAACAGCGGCGUAGUGACGAAGGAAGAGAUGAAGAACUGGAGCAACGAAAUGCUGGAGAAGAUACAGCUACCUAGCUAGUGUGAUCCAUUUUUACAUUAUUGGCAGCUACACCUGAGCACACCAAUCGUGUGGGCGUCAAGAAGAGACAGAUGUGAGCGCUGUAGAACUGGCUCUCUGGAACAUCAUUUUAAUUCUACGGGAUAUAAAUACAAGAUACCCAAUGUAAUAUUAACGUCAUCUAUUUCAAAUAAAUAUAUAUUCAGUUCCACUAGCUAGCAUUAUAGCUAGAGAGGCAUCAGUGGCACUGCUAGGCUAGCUACCAGAUACAAUUUCAGUGUUAGCUUAGCUUCAGAAAUCGCGAAGACGUUGGAGCAAGAUGUUGAGUGUUUAAUGGUAGAAAAUCACCGUGUUUGUGACUUGGAGCAGAGGAUUAGAGCCAGCGGACAAGGAGAAGGUGGGGCCGAAGAGAGAAACGGAGUCGCUAGCUAGCUAGCUAACUUACGCUAGCUUGCUAAAUUACCGGUGGUGCUUUUUGGAGAAUCGUGAGGAAGGAUUUUCCACCUAUUGGAAUUUGUAAAAAUACUGAUAACGUUACACGCUUUCCCGAUUUCCCCUCCCCACACGACUAGGCGAACAGAAAUACAAGACUGUGGUCCUUUUGCUUCAUUUCAAGAAUAACGUUUUGAACGGAUUUCUAGGGGAUCAUUUCCCCAUUCCCGUUGGACCAUGGCCGACGACGACAUUCUGUUCGAAGAUGUCUAUGAGUUAUGCGAGGUUAUUGGAAAGGGUCCGUUCAGUGUGGUGAGACGAUGCAUCAACAGAGAAACCGGCCAGCAGUUCGCUGUAAAAAUAGUGGACGUGGCCAAGUUCACAUCCAGCCCUGGUCUGAGCACAGAGGAUCUGAAGAGAGAAGCCAGCAUCUGUCACAUGCUCAAGCACCCGCACAUAGUGGAGCUGCUGGAGACGUACAGCUCAGACGGGAUGCUGUACAUGGUCUUUGAGUUCAUGGAUGGAGCAGACCUUUGUUUCGAGAUUGUUAAGAGGGCGGAUGCUGGUUUUGUCUACAGUGAAGCCGUAGCCAGCCACUACAUGCGACAGAUCCUCGAGGCUCUGCGCUACUGCCAUGACAACAACGUCAUACAUCGGGACGUCAAGCCCCAUUGUGUGCUGCUGGCCUCGAAGGAGAACUCCGCUCCAGUGAAGUUGGGAGGCUUUGGUGUGGCCAUACAGCUUGGGGAGUCGGGAUUGGUGGCAGGAGGCCGGGUGGGGACCCCACACUUCAUGGCCCCCGAGGUGGUGAAAAGGGAGCCGUACGGAAAGCCGGUGGACGUGUGGGGCUGCGGGGUUAUCCUCUUCAUCCUUCUCAGUGGCUGCCUGCCCUUCUACGGCACGAAGGAGCGCCUCUUCGAAGCUAUCAUUAAGGGGAAAUACAAGGUAAUGAACCCCCGGCAGUGGAACCACAUCUCAGAGAGCGCCAAGGACUUGGUGCGUCGCAUGCUAAUGCUCGACCCCGCAGAGAGGAUCACCGUGUACGAGGCACUCAACCACCCCUGGCUGAAGGAGAGGGACCGCUAUGCCUACAAGAUCCACCUUCCGGAAACCGUGGAGCAACUGAGGAAGUUCAAUGCCCGGAGGAAGCUGAAGGGUGCCGUGCUAGCUGCCGUCUCCAGCCACAAGUUCAACUCCUUUUACGGUGACCCUCCAGAGGAGCUUCCAGAUUUCUCUGAAGACCCCACCUCAUCAGGACUGCUAGCUGCAGAAAGGGCUGUAUCGCAGGUGUUGGACAGCCUGGAGGAGAUCCAUGCACUCACGGACUGCAGUGAGAAGGACCUGGAUUUCCUGCACAGUGUCUUCCAGGACCAACAUCUCCACACCCUUCUUGACUUAUAUGACAAGAUCAACACAAAGUCCUCCCCUCAGAUCAGGAACCCACCAAGUGACGCCGUCCAAAGAGCCAAAGAGAAUUCCACCGAAGAUGGAGCAAGCACGGCUUUGAAACAUCUGGAAUAUGUACUGGAAGAGAUUUCCUGCUACCCUGAGAACACUGACGCGAAAGAGCUCAGGCGGAUCCUCACGCAACCUCAUUUCAUGGCCUUACUGCAGACUCAUGAUGUGGUGGCCCACGAGGUGUACAGCGACGAGGCUCUGAGGGUCACGCCACCGCCCACCUCGCCCUACCUGAAUGGAGACUCGCCUGAGAGCGCCAACGGAGAGAUGGACCUGGAGAACGUAACCCGGGUGCGGCUGGUCCAGUUUCAGAAGAAUACGGACGAGCCCAUGGGUAUCACUCUGAAGAUGAAUGACCUAAAUCACUGCAUCGUGGCCCGAAUUAUGCACGGGGGCAUGAUCCACAGACAAGGAACGCUGCACGUCGGAGAUGAAAUCCGGGAAAUCAACGGGAUCAGUGUGGCUAACCAAACGGUGGAGCAGCUGCAAAAGAUGCUGAGGGAGAUGAGGGGCAGUAUCACCUUCAAAAUUGUCCCCAGCUACCGCACACAGUCUUCGUCCUGCGAGAAAGAGUCCCCUCCCACCUCCAGACAGUCACCCGCUAACGGCCACUCCAGCAUUAACAGUUCUAUCUUGGACCUGCCGGCUACUAUCCAGCCAAAAGGACGACAGAUCUCCAGACCUGCAAUCAAGGAUAAAAUGUCACACAAGAUCUACGUCCGGGCGCAGUUUGAGUACGACCCGGCCAAGGACGACCUCAUCCCCUGCAAAGAGGCGGGCAUUCGCUUCAGGGUGGGCGACAUCAUCCAGAUCAUCAGCAAGGACGACCACAACUGGUGGCAGGGCAAGCUGGAGAACACCAAGAACGGCACGGCGGGCCUCAUCCCAUCCCCUGAGCUGCAGGAGUGGCGUGUGGCUUGUAUAGCCAUGGAGAAAACCAAGCAAGAGCAGCAGGCCAGCUGUACCUGGUUUGGCAAGAAGAAGAAACAGUACAAAGACAAAUACCUAGCAAAGCACAACGCAGUGUUCGAUCAACUAGAUCUCGUCACGUACGAAGAAGUGGUGAAGCUACCGGCGUUCAAGAGGAAAACGCUAGUCUUGUUAGGUGCCCACGGUGUAGGCAGGAGACACAUCAAGAACACGCUGAUCACGAAGCACCCUGACAGAUUUGCCUACCCCAUUCCGCACACGACCAGACCUCCAAAGAAGGAUGAGGAGAACGGGAAGAACUACUACUUUGUAUCGCAUGACCAAAUGAUGCAGGACAUCUCCAACAACGAUUACCUGGAAUAUGGGAGCCACGAAGACGCAAUGUAUGGCACGCGGCUGGAGACCAUACGCAAAAUCCAUGAGCAGGGUCUCAUUUCCAUACUGGACGUGGAGCCGCAGGCCCUGAAGGUCCUGCGGACAGCAGAGUUUGCACCAUACGUCGUCUUCAUUGCUGCUCCAACCAUCACCCCUGGCAUUAAUGAGGACGAGUCACUCCAGAGGCUGCAGAAAGAGUCGGAGAUCCUGCAGAAGACCUACGCGCACUACUUCGACCAGACCAUCAUCAACAACGAGAUCGACGAGACCAUCAGAUACCUCGAGGAGGCCAUCGACCUUGUGUGCACGACAGGCCAAUGGGUGCCCGUUUCCUGGGUUUACUAGGCUCCCAAUCCCGUCACCUUCUAGCCCCGUCCCAGUCCACCAUGCCCAGCCCUGUUUCUUUGCAAUGCGUCUUUACAGAACUUAAUUCCCUGGAAGAGCCUCAGACACUCAGACUCCGCGUCCCCCUCACCCCCCCCCAAAGACUACCUAGACGUAGUGUUGUAUAAAAAUUUAAAUAUUGUCAUGUCCUUAUAGCUAGGAGACAACAUUUUUCUAGACUUUUGGUUUUAAAGGGACAGUAUCUAAGAGCAGUAAUGGGCACGGUGAGAGAGAGAGAUAGAGAAAGAGUGAGUGAGAGAGAGAGCCAGAGAGAGAUGUCAGACCGUGUCUUUAACAGUGUCCUCGUUUUUGUGCGUAUAGUUCUUCACAUUGGGAAGGUAACCUCUCUCUGCACUACUGCCUGUGGAUACCACCUCUAUAGACAAGAUGAAAAGCACAUGAACACUGCAGUGUCUUCUUUCCAGUCUUUCACCUGUUUGUUUAUUUAUUUAAACCUCUGUUUUGUUAACCAAGGCAUAAAGCACUAUGAUCACGUUCAUUUCCUUGAUGGAUCCUUCUUUUAUUAGUACACGCUUUUUUGUUGUGGGUGCCUAUGUGUGUGAUUGUGUGUGUGUGCGCGUGUGUGCGCGUGUGUGCGCGUGUGUGCGCGUGUGUGCGCGUGUGUGCGCGUGUGUGUGGGUGUGUGUGGGUGUGUGUGCGUACGCUUCCUGGUUUGCACAAUGGCUAAUGUGUCCCCCUGCAUAGAUACUGUCUCUCUAAAUGAAUACAUAAAUGUUUUAGAGAUUUGAAUGAGGUCUCAUGCAUGUGGUCAUUCUGAGAGCUUACAUGCUGUCUGUGUUAUCAGUGUCAGACUACUGUUAUCUACAGCAGAGAACAUUCCUUUUAUUUGGAAAAGAGAAAAAAAAAAGACAAAUGACUCCCAAGGGGGAGAAGAAGAGGGAAUGACACCUAUGCACAUCCCUUCCAUUCUGGUCAACUUUCUAAAGGAACCGAUUUUUAUCAGCCAUGUUGUGAGAUGUGUUUGUAAAAUUGUCUCGAUUUAAUUUGUCGUAAGAACAAGGGGGGGGGAAGAGACUGUUCCAGAUUCACCAUUUCAGAAACGUGUCGUCUGAGAGUAUUAAUGUUUUAAUUAAAUUUAAUCAACGGGGAAGAAAACAGCAAUUUUUAUUCUGUGUGUAAUUGUUUCAAAUGGGGGGAGGGGUGCACAUGUUGCGCAAAGUGAAACACUUUGCAAAUGAAGACUCAGUUUGUGUAUCAAAAAAGCCUAUGUACAUGACAAACUGUUGACUUCAGACUGCCCUGUGUAAAUUGCUCUGCUAAUGAUAAAGCAGUUCUUCAGUAUGAACACUUUUUUAAAUAUAUUUCCUUUUAUGUGUUCAAAAAGUAAA